AGAAAGAAGAAGAAUGUAGACGUGUCCUGAGUGAAGUGACAGUAGCAGAUAUGGCUACAGAGCCGGGCAUCAAUAUGGAGGCGAAAAUAGACGCGAGAGAAAAUCCUUUUGAAUCUUAUUUAGACGCUUUAAAUAAGAUGUUAGAGGACCAAGACCCCAUAUUUAUGAUCGGAAUUGUUGUUUCUUUGGCUGUUGUUGUCAUCACUGUUGUGUUGUUGAAGUACUUGCUAAGCAGAAAAACUGUCCAAAGUGCUGUGCUGCUGGUUGGUCUCUGCGAUUCUGGAAAGACCCUCCUUUUUAGUCGAUUGUUGUCAGGAAAGUUCAAGAAGACCCAGACCUCCAUCAUGGACAGCAGUGCCCCUUACAAAGCCAAGAACGAGAGGGUAAGGAGGAAACUGGCUGUGGUGAGUGAGUUGGAAGAGACGCCGUCUCACUUGGUCUUUUGUUUUCUCGCUGACUGCAGAGCCAUGGUGUUUGUGGUGGACAGUGCCAUCUUCCAGAAGGAAGUGAGAGACGUGGCUGAGUUCCUGUACUUCCUGUUGACUGACAGUGUAGUGUCCAGGAAUGUCCCCUCUCUGAUAGUGGCCUGCAACAAGCAAGAUAUCACCAUGGCAAAAUAUGCUAAGCUGAUGAACACACUGAGAGUGACACGGUCUGUGGCUCUGAGCGCCCAGGACGGGUCAGCGGGGGCCAGCGUGCACCUGGGGAAGAAAGGCAAGGACUUUGAGUUCAGCCAGCUGCCCAUGAAGGUGGAGUUCCUGGAGUGCAGUGCCCGAGGCAGCAAGGGGGAGGACGGGGAGGCGGACAUCGCCAGCCUCGAGAAGAGCCUGGCCCUGCUGUGAGAUGACUGGGGCUCAUUAUUGACCAUGUAGUUCCCAUAGGUCACUACUUUGGCCAAGAGCUAUUUAGUUCCCAUAGGUCACUACUUUGGCCAAGAGCCAUUUAGUUCCCAUAGGUCACUACUUUGGCCAAGGGCUCUUGAGUGGGGUGCAUUAUGGGGAAUUAGUCUAAGGUCUCUCAGCAUAUCAGGUAUCUUCGUCGGUCCUCAGAACUCCAGACUCGACACAACUACGGAAGUGAGUUGUGUUGUGUUGACAUCACAAGGUCAGCGUGGUACUUGAUGUAGUGAAUGCUAAUAGCAGGUGUUACUUUUGUGUCUAGGAAACGACCCGUCCUUUUCAUAGUGGAUAGUCUCACCCACUGCUUUUUAACAAUGUCAACAUCAAUUUCUACUAUAUGUUUUUUUUACCCCUCAGCAUUUGAAUAAUCCAUCAAUCAUGAUAUCCUGAGAAUGUGAUGAGAUAUUUCACUAAACCCAUCUCAGACGACCUAUCGGAUUUCUCCAUUUAGAUUCUGGCAGUUUGUUUUUCAAAAUCAGAUUUUGGUUCCUUUUUGGAAUGGGUUAGCUGAAUGUUCCAUCAGCUUGUAUUGUGAUCCAGUGCAUUCCGUAGUUCCAACACCUUUAUUUUUUUUUGAGGGGGAAGUUGACCAUGAAUCUGUAUCAUUGUUAGCCAAAUAGGAAUGUUUAUUUUUUUUCAGCUUGUAAAUAAAUGUUUUUGUGGUUUA